AUGACAGCAACAACGAAUAAUACAACAACUAAGACCAAAACCAUCACUGUAAUCAACGAUGGCGGUGUUUAUGACAUUAGCAGCAAAGAAGAAUUCAAAGAUUUGCUGUCGUCCUUGAAAACAAACUAUUUGGAACAUGUCGAUACGAAACGUCGAGUGCUUGGCUUUUUGUCCGUUGUGGACGGUGGAACUUAUACGUUCUCUUCUUCCCAUUACACUGCUAGCAUCAUUACUCCAAAGAGAGCAGCUGACAAGACAGAUGACGUAUCAAUGCAGCAAGAAUCAGCAGCAGCAUCAGCAUUAGCGUCAUCCUCACGAGAUUUGCCUUCCCCACAAAAGCUGAGAUUGGACGAAAGCAAUAACCAUGAAAGCAGCACCAAUGAGGAAUCCAAAGAGAGAAAUGGCAUUCGCACUGAUGAUGACGAAGAUAAUAUUCGGUCCAAGGUAGUAGCUCCUGAAUCCUCUUCUGCUACCGUUAGCCAUAUGGAGCGUCAACAAGAUGAGUCUCAUCAAUCCCCGCCGCAAGCUCAACCACAGCCAAUCAUGUCUGACAAACAUCGAAAUAAGACGACUGGCAAUGCUCAACACGACAACAUCAUCAUUCACACCAAUGGUGACGACAAUAUUUGGAAAUAUUCGCUAGGACAUGACACUCAAAAGGCCAAGGAUCCAUCGUCUCAAGGAGUCCAAGAACCAGCUAAUAAGGAUUGUGAGAAUAAUACUGGGGACAGUAAAAACGCAAGCAGCAAUAAAACCGAACAAAAACAAUCUCCUUUUGACAUUCAACUUCCAACGCCAGAUACAGUGGUAAAGAAUCACCAGCAGCAGCAAGGCGACAACAGUGAUGAUAGGAAAGUGCUGGUUGAGAAAACCAAUGAUGCUGCACUUUUGAUGGCGCUCCGAAACGACGAUUGUUUCACCACCAGCAACAAUGAGAACAAUCACCAUCAAGGGGAUGAAAAUAGCCAGUCUCCCAACAAUCGACGACAGAACGACGGGAAUCAAACAGAAAACAAUAGCAGUGGUGAUUUCACCGAGAAGGAUGACGAUGAUAGUAUUGCAAAUGACCAAGCAACAGCAACAACAACAAUAGCAGCAGCAGUACACUCGCCGAACCACAAGCGACCGCGGAAUAUUGUCACUCCCAAGGAAUCAUUAGCAUCACCAUGCCUUGCACGGAAAACGGAGAAAAGCUCCUUCUUUUCUACCAGCCGAACCCAAGCUGAUAAGGAUGAAUGCUUCUCGUCUCCGCCGCCAAAGCAAAAGCGAUUGAGAUUGGAUCCAAACAAAGAAGACGAAAUAGAGAGUGGAGCAUCAUUAUCGCCAGCCUCGUCAACAGUAUCAUCAUCGUCAUCGUCGUCGUCGUUGUCAAAUGUGCCACCCACCAAGCCGCAAAAGACGACGCAAACUCCUACUCUCAAGAAGACCUUUACACUCACCGAGUAUUUGGUGGAAGCCAAAGCGCUUUUGGACAAGCACAAGUAUCGACAGGCGAUGAUGCUCUACGAAAAGGCUCUACCACUGCAAAUAAAAGCUUUGGGCAAGAACCAUACCAAGGUUGCCAAUACCUGCUUUCAAAUGGGGCGUGCCUUGAGGCAUUUGGGCAUUUAUGGAGAGGCCAUGAGACUCCAUCAACGGGCUCUCCAAAUUCGCCUUCAGUGCCUCCCUUCAAAUGAUUCGAGAAUUGCCGACUCGUAUAAUACCAUUGCCGCCGUGUUGACCAAUCAAGGACGCUAUGAUCCAGCAAUGCACGCCUAUCAAAAGGCUUUGCAUAUACGACUGGAGGUCUACGGAGACAAGCAUGCCUACGUGGCCCAAGUCUUGUCCAAUAUGGGGUGGGUCUUGCAAACGCAAAAGAAGUAUGUAGAGGCAAGAAAAAAGUACGAAGCGGCACUUGACAUCUACCUCGAGGUCCAUGGGGAGGGACAUGCGCGGGUAGAGAUUACCCGGCAGCAAAUUGCCGAGUCCAAUGGCAAACUGAAUGCUGCUGCUGCUACUGCUUCUCCUCCUCCAUGUACUGUCGUACUCUGA